GACAAUCUUUGUGCCGGCCAAAUGUUACAACAUUUCCUAUUCAUUCACUUAUUUUAGCAAUGUUUCUACAACGUUGUCUCUAUCUUCAGAUAAGAAUUCCCAUUUGUAUUCUAGAUUUUUCUUUCACUUGUAGAAUCGCGCGAUGGAGAAGAGAUUCAACAGGAAUCUUUCAAACGAAAGCAGAGGAUCCUCAAAGAGUUUACAGAGGAUAAUUGCAGAGAACAGAAAGCCUGCUAGUCCUGUCCCUGAUUUAACUGAUUUUAUGAAUGACAUGUUUUUCGGGACACCAAGUCCUGAUAAAAAAACGUAUAAUCUGAAGGGAAUUAACACAAAUUCGAUAGAUGAUGAUGAUGAUGAUUUUGACUCGAGCACAAGGAGUGUUAGCAGUAGGCUAACUCAGGAGUGGCUGCAGGAAGCUAAGCAAAUGGUAGCUUCAUCUCCUGGUCGUGGAAGUGAGUCACCCCCAAGGCGGCUAGUGACUUCCCCUAGGUUUGCAACAUCUCAUGCUAGAAUUGCAGAUUCUCCUACUGAAGGCAGAGAUCCCCUCUCUAGGUCUGCUAGAAGGCAUAGAUCAGUGGUGGGGUUCAGUGAAGAAAUCCUCUCAAAAACAGCACAACACAACCGCAAUAAAUCAGAGCCGUUGAUAAUUGAUCCUCCGUCAGCCGGCACAUCCCCUGCAUCAAACGUUCAAGAUUGGUUCUCCAAUAUCUUUAAACCUCCAAAUGAUGGGCCCACCGCAGCCACAUCCGAGCCCACUUCUCCCAAGCCCAACAAUGAGCAACCCGCACUCACCCUCCCACCCCGCCAAUCAAUCAGUCGCCGGACGCGGUUCCAUACUAACUCUAAUGCAUCUCAGCCACACUCUAUCAGCUCUCCAAAACGAACUUUCAAAAUUCCCGCCAUAGCCUCAACGGACAAUGUUCCACAACACUUUUUAGACGGCAAGCCACUUUCUCCACCCAAGAGUCUCGUCGAAUCUUCUCACCGGAGAUCGAUUUCAUCCACGACAUGCUCGAUUCCCGACGAUCCGACUCCGAGGAAUUUAGUAGAGUCGGCUCAUAGGAGGACCACUUCCGCGUCCACGUGUUCUUUCGAGAAGGUUUUGCGAAAGAACAAUGUGGACGGAGAUGAAGUGAAGGAGGAGGAUUUGAAGAGUCAGGAAUUGAAUCGGUUCUUGAAGGAGCAGAGAGACAAAAUCAACAACAUAUUUAGUGGUCAGAUAAAAGGGAAAGCCAAAAUUGUGCUCUCUGGACCUUCCAACAGUACAAGUUCAAUGGUGUCAGCAAUUUGCUAUGCUUGGUUGUUGGAAAAUAGGACGAGGGCGAAUGAGCAAGAGGGAGGAGAUGCGAAUACAAUUCAGGUGGUGGUUCCUGUGAUGAAUAUGACAAGAAGGAAAAUGUUGAAGCAGCGGCAAGCAGCACGGCUUUUUCACAUUGUUGGUCUUGAUGCCAAAUCUCUGCUCUUUUCCGAUGAGGUUGAUUUGGAAACACUACUGUUGGCUAAGCAGCUAAGCAUGCUUGUAGUUGGAGAAGACAUACUCAAAACUAAUGGAGAGGCAGUAUCAGGGUGUACUGUUCUUACGGACAAUUAUUGCGAGGAUGCUUAUGAACUACUUCAGAAGCCUAUAUUGAAAAAGCUUCUGCUCGCAGGCAUACUUCUAGACACACACAACUUGAGUGCAUCUUCUAAGGUGUCGAUGACAAGAGAUGUAGAAGCAGUUCAGCUGCUUUCAGUUGGCUCCACCCCUAAUUACAGAAAUGCUUUUUUUGAUCAAUUGAUGCAAGAUCCGAAGAAUGAUAGUUUCGUUGAAGCUAUGAAGCAGAGUUAUGGAAAUUCACCCAUUGAGAGUAGCCAUAAAUAUAGAGCACAUCAGGUCUUGGAGAGGAAUUCCAUUCCUCAAGAAAAUAUGUCAAGUUCAGAUAAGAUAUCUAAAGAUGUGAAGAAUGGGAAGACAAAUAGAGUGUCACCAAACAAAGGUAAACCGGCGGUAUCACCUAUACAUGCUCCUCUAGCAUCACCAGCAAAACCAGCCGAUGCUUCACGUGGCAAGAACAAGACCUUCUUCUUGGCAAAGUGGUUUGGUUUUGGGAAGUGAGUUAUUAAAUCUGCUAAAAUAUGAGUAAUUUCAAUCAUCCAAUGCUCAAAUAUAGUCUGAGAACUGUCAAGCCGAUGGAAAGUGAAUUUUGUUCACCCACAACAUUAUAGGGAAUUUUCAAAAUGUUUGGAGAGCUUUUUUGGUUGUUGGUCUUAUUUAAUUAAUUUUUUUGUGUCUGGACCAGGCUGUUUCCACAUGCUACAAUGUUUUUUUUUUUUUACAUCUGGAUGGAUUUAGUUGAUUUUUUUCUUAUGUUAAACUUGUGUCGACCUUGUAAUACCUAUGGUAGAGUUAAUCUAUAUGUGAUUUUAUACAAGAUAUAAUAUGAAAUAAGAAUAAGAACACCUAAAACUUGUAUAUG